GAUGUUUACCUGAGUUCUAUAUCUUUCGAUAGCAACUCCAUCUAUAAAUCUGAUUAGCAAGUCAUUCUGUAUUCCACCAGUACUUGUGAUCCUGGUUGCAGCUUUCAACAUGUUUUAUGGGCCCAACACUCAGCUUUCACAGUUUAUGACUUCUGGCCUCCUUGCGAUGUCGUAGCAGGUAGACCAUUUCUUGUUGUCGCGGGCUAACCAGAUUGUAUAGGAACAUCGAAGAGCGACCAAAGCAGCCUCAUUCAGGGCUUUAUUAUUCGUUCUCUUCUCCAAUUCAAAGUAGUUGAAUAGAGCUGGUACAGUAUGGUGCCAGAAGCCCCUACACCCAAUCUCUACCGUAAAGAGCAGAGCUUUCCAACCGCACCCGUUGAUGCCAGGAAUCAGCUCUCUGUUGUAGCGUGCUUCUUUACGUGCUACUUGGUCACUGAAGUUACUCGUCACCACAAGUCAGUUCAAUUAGAACUACUUCUCUCAAACUAUCCGACCAUACUACAAUGUCGGGUUUCUCCGCUGUGUUGUAAAUGUGCUGUGGGAACUGGGCAGGUAGUGUAUCCUCGUCCCAUAUCAGCUUCCAGUCUUUCGCUCUCUCAAAGGGCCUCUCCUUCCUCAACUUUGGCUUUGGGUGUUCAUACUUCCCAUCCUUCGACUUGAACCGUAUCCAUUCUUUGUCGGAGGUCGUGGAACCUGAGGAAUUGUAUGUCUCCAGUUGUACCUUUAAGAGUUUCUUGCUACACUGCAGACGGCUAGGAUGUGCUUGAUGUUGCACGUCUUCCAACCACAAAGUGCACAAUUUCCUGUACUCAAGUAGUUCCACAAUUUCAUGUUUGUAGGGGUAUUAGCCACGUCGUGUGUCGAGUUUAGGUGGAGAGCCGGGCUCAUCUUGUAGUUGUAGAUAAGGCUGUUCCAUCCUAAGUCUAACUGCAUCGUGUUCUCCCAUGUCAAGAACUUGCCCUGUACUCCCUUGUUACCAGGGUGACUAGCAUGUCAUUCUCUGACACCGAUUCUACCAGUUGUCUUAGCUUCUGCCUCUCAGUCAACUUUGGUUUGCAUCCGAGUCCUACUCGGUCUUUAGUCACUACUCCAACCAACUCCUGGAAGUAAAGAUCUCGCUCUCUUGCCGUCAGCUCCGUUGUAUAAGACCAUCUCGGGCUGUUCUCCUGUUUCUCUCUCUUGUUAUUAUAGGCUUCUACAACUUUGGUGUCAUCACUGUUCUUCAGGGCGUGUCCCUUUGAUACCUGAAGAGACUUGUAUAAGUCACUCAGCUUCUUCAAGUUUAGCCCGAAGUAAUCCUUGCUCCUGUACAGGACUGUCACAGUAAUUGAUCUAGUAACACCCAACCACUUCUUCAAGAAUCUGGUGCAGAUAGCAUCCAGUUCGUACACAAAACUUACAGGAAGGUUGUAAAUCAUCAGAUCCCAGGACAUCUUGCUAGUCAGCAUAUUAUUGUAGAUCCAACACUUCAUGACACCGUUGAGACCACACUCAUCCACUGUCUGAAACAGAGUUUUUAGUUUGUCUUCAAUCCGUUGUUUAGUGUCAUUUAACCCUAGAUCGACAUAGAUCCAGUGGCCCAGGAACUUAAUCGGGUUGUUUCCUACAUAGCUGAUUAUCUGGCCGUCAAUCAAUAUCUCUGGGUCAUAAGCCUGGUACGUACCAUCUAUCACCUUCAUUCCCAGGGAGACACACUUGCUAGGCUUGGCCUUCAUUUUCCUACUCCAAUCCAAAAACUGCUCCAUCAACUCUAUAUGCUUCUUUACCUUCUCUAGUCUGGAGGACAUAAGUGUUAGGUCAUCUGCAAAAGCCCGAUUCGAUGUAGGUUGCGAGCUAAACGAGGGCUUAUAACCCAGUUCUUUUUGAUCUUGUAGAAGAUCUAACAGUAAGUUGAAUACAAUCAGGAACAACACUACUGAAAGAGGGUCUCCUUGAAAGAGGCCUAACAUGUAGUAGAACCAAUUUGACUUCCAGUCUUUGGUUACCACCCUUACAAUCAGUUCAUCAUAGUACUUAAACAUGUAAUCUAUGAGCCAUUCAGGGAAUUUGUAAUGCUGGAGGGCAUAGAGGGUCAAGUUGUGUGGGACUCUGCCAUAUGCAUAUAUUAAAUCCACCCAGACAACGAAUAUCUGACGUCUAGUAGAUUUGGCGUCUUUUAGUUCUUCCAUAAGCACUUGGGUGUGUUCAAGACAACCAGGAGUCUUCUUCAGAAAGCCCUUCUGAACUGACUUGUCUAUGUACUUAUUAGACACCAUAUAAUCCAGCAUCUUGUCUGCUAGAAUUCCCAUGUUCAACUUGCCGCUGGUGUUUGUCUUUGUAAUAUUCCUGAACUUGCUUGGGUCUGACAGAUCCUCAGUCUUUGGGAUAAGGACUGCUUCACCAAAUCGCCAUUGUAGUGGCACUAUCUUCUUGUCCCACAGGGUAGAUAGGGUUUGGAAGAUCAUGUGUGCGGUUCUCGGGCAUCUCUUAUACACCACAUAUGGUACACCGUUUGGACCAGGGGAUGACUUAUUACGCCUGCUCUUCAGCUUUGCAUCGAAAUCUUCCCUGUCCAGCUUUGUCAGCUCGAACUUAACUACUGGGGGCUUGGCUUCAGGAAGACCUUCCAACUUAGUGUAGAUUGCACCUCGGUCCGUGUCCUUAUACUCCUUCUUGAAGAACCUGUCUGCUUAGUGCUUCUUCCUUAGAGAAGCUUGGCGGUGCGUUGUUCUGCUUACCAUUAAGUAGCUUCUUGCUGUAGUCAUACGGGUUUUUCUUAAACUUAUCCUGCUCUUUCUUCUCCUGCUUGCCCCUCUUCUUCUUGAGCUCAUUGCGUCGAUAUUUGUUAACUUAAUUUGAGAUUAAAGUAUAAUGAAAUUUAUAAUUUAAAGCACUGUAAAUUUUAACAUAUCUAUACUCUAUAGCUUAUGAUAACCAUUGAUACAAAGUUCAUCAUCUUUUGCCAGCCUUCCAAUAAAUCAUAUCCACUUUCAAGUUGCAUUUUAUAAUUUAAAUAUUGACAUAAAUUAAAGCAUAUAGUGUGCAGACUUUCUGUCGCAACAGGACAGGUUCUCUAUCUUUCUACUAUUAAUUCAUCAGUCGGACAAAAAUCAUACACCAAAUGCAAAUGGGCAAUGGGCACUGCAUUAUGUUUUAGUGAAUUGUUAUAAAUUUGUUGAUUCUGUAAAGUUUACUGAUUGAAACAAUAUCGUAUUUUAUUUUAUAUACAAAUUAUUAUUCUAAAUUUAAUUAAACCUGUUUCAUGCAAUUGUUUGAUGAAUCAUAUUUUGCAGGAAUAGAAUGUGGUGAAGCUCUGGUUUAAAGCAAUAUGGUAACUCAACAUGAAAAUCACAACCAAGCUCAGGCUAUGCUGCUGAUCAACAAAUUGCUUGGUCCAAAUGCAGCAGCUAAUGCACCUGUACCGCCACCACCCCCUCAUUUAAUGCCUGGUGCUCCACCUUUACCUCCACCUACUAAUAGCUUUGUCCCUUACAAUUCUUCAGCUUUCCCUCCUUUCUUUCCUCCUGCUCAACCCCCUCUACCUGUACACGCCAAUCAGAACAUAGCUCCUGAAAAAAUGAACUAUCCUAUUGCAGACCAGUCAGAGCGCAGUAGAUCUGGUAAAUCAUACAAACGAAAGUCACACAAACGGAGGUACGAUGAGACAGUUCACAGACCAUCAAAGGUAUCACCAUUUGAUGCAUUAAUUGCAUCUCAUGGCACCAGUAGUGCUAAUAGAAAGUCAAGGGAUUCUUUCAACACUGACCACAGUCAGAAAGUUAUGGGAAAACAAAUAAGAGAAAUCUUGUCACAACCUAAAUCAGAAAAGGAUGCUAAAAUGGUAGACGCAGAUGAAAAAAAGGAGAAAAUGAGAAAGAAGACUAAAAAAAUCAGAAGUGAGAAAAGUUAUAAUGAUUUAAAUGAAUUCCUUUCUAAUGAUCCUGUUGCAAGGAAGCGUAGGAAGAUUCAGGAGAGAGUUAGAAGUAAAAGGGAUUCUGCAAUUGAGGCUGAUAGUAAGCCAGAAUCUAUCUAUGAUUACAUGCACUUUGACCCAGAUAAAGAGGCAUUAAAAAAGAAGACAGAGAAGAUUUUGAGUGGAACUCCCAGCUCUCAAUCUAAAGAAUCUGCUAAAAUUGAUGAGAUUGAUGAAGCCCUGAUGGAAAUCGAAAAGGAAACUAAAAUAGAUGACAAUGAGGAUAAGUCUGAACCUGUGCCUAUGGCUCAACCAAAAGACUUGGAAGCUGGCGAGCUAGUAGAAGAAGGUCGUAAAUCUGUUUCCACUCCAGCAGUUUCUGAACCCAAGCGCAUGGGAAUAAGAGGAUCUCUCUCUAGACCUCCUUCACCAAAACCAUCUGAAUUAGAUAUCAAAAAACUUUUAGAAGAUAUGGAGGAAGGGGAACUGAGUGAUGAUGAACAGGAGUAUAAUAAGCUAAUAAACGAUGUUGAAACAGUUGCAAUGACCACAGAAGAAGCCCCAGAAGCUACAAUAACCACACCUGUCAAACUUAAUGUUGAAAACAUUUCUCCUGUAAAACAACAACCUAUGUCCAUCACUCCCUCUAAAACACCAUCCAAGACACCAUCCAAAACACCAUCUAAAACACCAACAAAAACUUCAGACACAAGUGCAAGUGCUGCUGUGAUGAAGAAGUUAAACUUAAAUACAGCUUCCUCAGCUGAUUCUGGGUCCAAACCUAAGUCUAUACCUUUCCUUACAACAUCCAAAGAAGAUGGCAAGAAAGAAGUGUCUAUCCUAGAUGAUAUGGCGUUUUUGAACUCUAUUAGAAACAAAUAUACUGGUGGGCCAUCUGAAGCACCCAGUCGGCCUCCUCCCAAAGACGCAGAUGAGAGCAUAGAAAUGAAGUCUAAGGAACUCAUAGAACAACUUCUAAGACAGGAUAAAAUAAGUAAGGAAAAGGAAAAACAGAGGAGAAAUAAAGAAAAACAGAGAGAAAAAGAUAAAAAGGAAAGAGACAGGAUCAGACAAGAGAAACGAAGAGAUAAGCUUGAGCGGCGGGAAAAGUUGGAAAAGGAGGUUUCAGAUCUGUUUUCUUCAUUGGCUGAACCCACAAAGCAGAAGACAAAAACCAGUAAAGCGUCCGCAACAUCCAAACUGAAGAAGGAGUUCAAGAGUAACUUUGUAAAAGCCGCUGAGGGUUUUGAAGGUACUUUGAUGAAGAGUACUAUUGAUAACUCUGUUCUACCAGCAGAAAGGCUAAAUGAAGUCGAAGAGUUCGAUGAGACAAAGGAACACAGAUUUGAAGACGGGCUUGUUAUUCAAACAAGUGUUCCUAAAGUGGACGAAACUGAAUUGUACCAGAAGAAUAAACCGGUUCGAUAUGACUACAGCAAAGUCAAUGUCGAGUAUCCUGAGUACGCCGUUGCUGGCGCUAUAAUCUACAGACUCAAAGAGAAAAAGCAAAAACUCAUCCACCGAGUUGUGAAUAGAAUCGGAAAAGAAAAAGCACUGGAGUUACUUUUCAAGACAGAAGAAAUUGAGAAUAAUGGCGGAGAAUCGACUGUACUAGGAGACAGACGGAAAGAGCCGGGUGGAGUAUUUAUGGGCUUGCUGAAAAAGGAUUUGCCGGAGGACGAUAUCAAGUACAUCUUUACUGUCGAGUUCGAGCGGGAAAGUGAAUUUCAUUUGGCUCGCAAGAGACAUCAGAGAGCGGAGAAGAAGAAGCGGUACAACAAGAACAAGAAAGAAACAAAUCUGUCGAAUGCUCUAGAAAGCGCAUUAAAUCUCAGUUCAAUGGAUGAAGAGGACCCUGUUGUUGACUACAUUCCUCCUCCUAACUCUAUUCCUCUACCAUUCAUUCCUAAACCAAAGAAAUUCGAACUGAGUUUUGUAAGGCCAGCUCAAACGAAGGAGCUAGUAGUAGUUGGAGAAGAGAAGCCGAAACCCGCUAAUAUGACAUCCAAGAUAGCUGCAAUGAAGGCUGGGUAUUCAGCGUUCGUCAAAAAAGGAACUUCAACAACUGCUAAUGUUUUCAAACCAUCUGUUACCUCAAAAAUGACUGAAGAGGACAAUCUUUUCGACAACCUUCUCAGGGAAACAAAAACCAAGCAGAAUGUAGUAUCAACCAGCGACGAUCCUGUUGAAAUGUCAGAGGAUUCGUCAGUUUUACCGCUCAUUAUCGGUCCCACAGCCCCCCUCAUCCCCCUCGUCCAGCCUCCUCCACCUCCUGAUGACGAUACGGAGGCCCCAGAACUACAAAAUGGUACACCUCUUGCCUCCUGGGACACUCCUGCUCCUCCAUCAAUAAAACCAGCUACUCAGGAUUAUUCCGGACUAAAACAGUUGCCAGCUGAUCGAACAAUGGCUAUUAUGGAGAAGGAGCGAGGAGAGAGCCUGAGUGAGGGCGAGUGUUCAGACUCAGAGGAUGAAAAAAUGGAAUCAUAGCAUCUUGCCUAUUAUUGUCCAAAUAAGGGCAUUAUUACUUCUAAAUACCUGAUUAGUCAGUAUUGUCUUCUCCGCACAGGCAGUUUUAACAGUGAUUUUAGAAACAUUUUUUUCAGUAUUUUCAAAAUUUACCAGCGCUGAAUUUUUACCAAAGAGAACUUGCUCUGAAAUCGUAAGUUUAAAAAUACCAUGGUUCAAUGUCUGUGAUUUAUUUUGUCUUGUAACUCUGCUUACACUGCUUACUGUUUUAACUUCCAAGGAUGGCUGGUUUGGUACAAAAUAUUUUGUAUCUUGAUAAUUUAUUUUAUAUUUUAGAUGUUUAACAUUGAUUGAUGACAUUCACAAA